UCGGUCUUGUCAAGAUCCCCUCACACUCUCAGCAGCUACGUGCGCGAGAACACACGGUUACCGCGCGGAUUAAAAACGCACGCACACACAAGCUCAUUAAACGCGCGUUUGUGUGCUGUUUAUAAUCGGGAGAACGCAAAACAUUUAAAAAGGAUCCUGUUACUAUCACUGCACGAGUUUAUGACAUCACCGAGACACAAACGAGACCAAAUAGUCACAUCACUUAAUCGGAGCUUCGCGAAAAAUAUUGGACCAAACUCACCGUUCAACACUGGACAUUUGAUGGAUUUAUUAAUGUCUCGUUCGUUCUGUAUUUUAUUAUUGUAGUAGCCUAACCGUUCAGGAUUUGGAGUAAAUACAGUAUAUGUGGUCUAAAAUAUAUACAUUUGCUCCUUAGAAAUUGCACUUUUGAAACAAGGACAUUGUUGAUCCUGUAUGUGAAUAUAUUUUUGCAAGAAGUAUUUCAGCGGACAUUGAUUGGACUGAUCUCUGAUCAUGCACGAGCGCUUCAGCUUGAGUUUUACUCGCUUCUGUAGUUCCUGAUCUCCUCUGGGAAUAUCUGGGAUGGCUGGGAUGGAUCCAUCUCUCUGUUAAAGCUCUAUGUGAAGUGUAUAGUCGUGGAUCAGCUGUAAUCUUGGGGAAUUGAGUCCGAACCGAUCAUGUAUGAGAGUGUGGAUGUGAAUCCUUUCCUCAUGAUGGAUUACUAUAAUCAGAGCAGAGGAUGUCUGAUCCCGGACAAGAUGCCCCAUCCCUUCAGCUCAUCCAUCAGACAUCAGCAUUGGAGCGGAUCCAACCACUCUAUCGAAACCCAGAGUACGAGUUCAGAGGAGAUCGUCCCGAGCCCACCCUCUCCGCCCCCUCCUCCUCGCAUCUAUAAGCCCUGCUUUGUGUGUCAGGACAAAUCUUCAGGGUACCACUAUGGUGUCAGUGCCUGUGAGGGCUGCAAGGGAUUCUUCAGGCGAAGUAUUCAGAAGAACAUGGUCUACACGUGCCACAGAGAGAAGAACUGCAUCAUCAACAAAGUCACCCGCAACCGCUGUCAAUACUGUCGGCUGCAGAAGUGCCUGGAAGUGGGAAUGUCCAAAGAAUCGGUGAGGAACGACAGGAAUAAGAAGAAGAAAGAAGAGAAAAAGCAAGAAUGCACAGAAAGCUACACGCUGAGCCCAGACACAGAGCAGAUGAUUGAGAGAAUCAGGAAAGCCCACCAAGAGACCUUCCCCUCGCUUUGUCAACUCGGCAAAUACACCACGAGUAACAGCUCAGAGCGACGCGUGUCACUGGAUGUGGAUUUGUGGGAUAAGUUCAGCGAGCUCUCCACAAAGUGCAUCAUAAAAACGGUGGAGUUCGCCAAGCAGCUGCCGGGAUUCACCACCCUCACCAUUGCAGACCAGAUCACACUGCUGAAAGCCGCUUGCCUCGACAUACUGAUUCUGAGGAUCUGUACCCGCUACACGCCUGAGCAAGACACCAUGACUUUCUCUGAUGGGUUAACGCUGAACCGAACACAGAUGCACAAUGCUGGCUUUGGUCCGUUAACAGACCUGGUCUUCGCUUUCGCCAAUCAGCUGCUACCGCUAGAAAUGGAUGAUGCAGAAACAGGACUGCUCAGUGCUAUUUGCCUGCUCUGUGGAGAUCGGCAGGACCUGGAGCAGGCCGAUAAGGUGGAUGUACUGCAGGAGCCGCUGCUGGAAGCACUGAAGAUCUACGUGAGGAACAGAAGGCCACACAAACCUCACAUGUUCCCAAAGAUGCUGAUGAAGAUCACCGACCUGAGGAGCAUCAGUGCCAAGGGGGCAGAGCGUGUGAUCACCUUGAAGAUGGAGAUUCCCGGCUCCAUGCCUCCUCUUAUUCAGGAGAUGUUGGAGAACUCUGAGGGUUUGGAGAGUUCCUCGGGCGGGAUCAGUUCUCGGGCCGCCGGCGCCCCUCCAGGCAGUUGUAGCCCCUCGCUUUCUCUAAGCUCUGCCCAGAGCAGCCCACCCACGCAAUCACCAUGACAACCGUCAAUGCCGCCAUCAUUAGCCACUUACCGACUACUGUGUGCCCUCCCCGACACGACAGCAGACACAUUCAAAAGCACGCGCUCAUAUUGUUGCUCCUCUGCCCUUGUUCCUCAGAGACUAAGGGGGGGAUCAAAGGUGUGUCGCUGGAACUUUGUUUUCUUUAUAAAGAAAUCACAGACUGUGAUUGUAUUCCUCCUCGAUUUCGCGAUUUCGAGUCCCUUUGGAUGAAGGGAGGAAAACCGCUGGAGGGUAAAAUAAAAUGAAUGGACAAAUGUAUCGAAGGAAUUAAAGGACUUUUCUUCUGUUUUGAUUCUUAUGGCCUGGACUUCUGUUUUAAAUGACCAGAAACUGAUUUCCUACAAACUAAAAAUAUAUAUAAAUAUAUAGAGAGAAAAACGUGGAAUGAAUGUGAUUGAGAACAGAAUGAAAUGUGGACUUCAUUUAAAGAUGCAAAUGUAUUUCCUCACUUUUUCUCUUUACGCCUGUGAAAGGACAAAGAGUGAAUUGUUUUAUUUCAGCCUGAUGAUGAUGUUUUUCAUGGAGAAAAAAACAUUGAAAAGAAUAUUAAUUUCCACUCACAAAGAUAUAAAAAUGGUCGCAACAAA